AUAAUAAAAGGAAACCUGAUCAAAACUUCUCCCAGCUCUUAGUUCAUGUUACCAUGUACAGACACACAUAUAAAAAUCCUAUUAUAAAUCUGACUGCCCCAGGCCCUCUAUAUAAAUGAACAAUACCCUCAGUCCCUACAUUCAUAAACUCCCAAAGCAAUAUACGAUGUAUACAAACAAAUUCUUUGCAGUAUAGAACACACACACUCACGUAAGAAAAAGAAGAUUUAUAGUCACCGAAGAUCAGAGCUGUUCAGUUGUUGAUCCGUACAAUACAGACGAGUCAUCUCGAGUUAUCCCAGAGGCCGUAGCCAAUAAUGGAUAAAAUACAAAACUCCCAACUAGGAACUCCGCAACUCUGCAACAGAUGUCAAGAAUUCUAUGGAAGCCCACAAAAUCAUGGUUUGUGUUCGAAGUGCUAUCAAGAUCUUCUCAAAGAAAAGAUAGCUAAAUCUGCAGCAACAAUGUGCUUCAACAAAACAACUGCUUCUUCCUCCUCCAGUUCUUCAGUUUCCAAAAAUCUGUCAACCGAUCCUUUGGUUGAUGCCAUGAAUUCUCUUAAAGUUAGCGCAGAAAAUAAUCCUCCAAUUGUGAAGAACAGAUGUGAAUCUUGCAACAAGAAGGUUGGAUUGACAGGGUUUGGAUGUAAAUGCGGGGGCAGUUUUUGUGGGAUGCAUAGAUAUCCAGAGGAACAUGAAUGCAAGUUAGAUUACAGGACUGGAGCUCGGCUUGUGUUGAUGAAGGAAAAUCCUGUCUGUAAAGGCGAUAAACUCUUGGAUAGGGCUUGAUUUCAAGAAGAUUCGAUGUGGAUAUUCUUGUUACAUUUGUUCAUUCUAGGAAGUAGGAACAUCGUUCAUUUUUUCUUUAAUCUUGCUGGACAGUUGAGACAUACGCACACAAGGGAUUGGUUUCCUUCUUGCUGGAAUGUAUCGUCUCUCUCAAUGUAUCGUAAAUUCAGGAAGAAUGAAUAUUAUUUUGCCGUUUCUUAGUUUA